AAGAAACUUACUUAUUUGAAGUACAGAAAAUAAAAUAAUCGAGAAAUAAUCAAGAAGAAUCUUUCAAGUUUCUACAAAUCUUUCUUCAAGUUGCAGCUGAUUUCUAGAGUUCAGACAUUCGAUAUGAAGAUAAUCAAUUAUGUUUGCUGUAUCCUUACAUUCGUAUGUUUAAUGAAUGUGGCACAUUCUGAAGAAUCUCAAAGCAAGAUGGAGCAACAAUUUCUAGAUGUUUUUACGACAGAUGAAUCGUUAAAAAUGAAGAGACCUUUUUGCAAUGCGUUUACCGGAUGCGGGAAAAAAAGAAAUUUCCACGAAAAUCCAACUGAUUCUCAGGAUUUGGAAAUAAAUGGCAACAUCCGACUUCCGUUUUCUAUCUAUAAGGCAUUGCUAAGAGCAGCUACUCGAAACGUGAACGAAUAUCAAUUAUCUGGAAUUCCACAGACGUAUCUAUCUGGUAGAAUGCCUCUUCACAAAAGAAUUGACAUUCGAUCAUCAUCUCUAGAAUAAUUUUUAGUAAAAUCUCAUCAUUUGAAUAAACGAUUAAUGCGAAUUAUUCGCGAUGUGGAAUAUUAAAAAACAUAUUAUUUUGUUAUUACAUUUCAUUUUUCCGUUCUUU